CUCGACGCCCGAAUCCGACUCUUCAGCCUAGAUUUUUGUUUUUAACAUUCUCACAAAGGGAAAACAUGAUGAAUGUUAUAUUGAUCUUCUCACUGCUGUGUUUAUCUGCCACUAGUUUGUUCCAUGUAACACAAGGUAACCCUGCGGCCACCACCCCCUGUUUACCUGACCAGUUCACGUGCACCAACAGUCGCACGUGCAUCCAAGUCAAGUACGUGUGUGACGGCGAUGACGACUGCGGCGACGGAGAGGAUGAGCGAAAUUGUACCAGCAGAGGGUCCGGUUGUGGCGACCCAUCUCUACAGACUGGGUCACACGGGUCACUGACCAGCAUGUAUUACCCACACAACUACAGCCUCAAUGCCGACUGCAAGUGGCACAUCAACGUCGCCAGCCAGUGGUACAUUCUUCUGGAGUUUGUCGACACUUUUGACCUGGAAAAACCCCGACACAAUCAAUGUGUCUACGAUGGAGUUAGUGUCUACCAAGACGAUCCUCUUCUAUUUGUGGGUCGAUUUUGUGGGACAUCUACACCUAACCCUAUCUUGGUCAACAGCAGUAAGGCCAUCGUUGAGUUUCAAAGUGACGGACAGACAACAGGCCACGGUUUUAAACUCAGUUGGACAGCAGUUAAAGCCCCGGCCUCAACUCGUGCUAAUACAGCAGAUCAGUGCGCACAAGUCAUAGACUACGGUGGGGACCUGGGUCACGUGCUAUCACCAGACUACGACAUCGGCCAGCCCUACCCCGCCCCUCUUGACUGCAGAUGGAAGAUAACCGUGGACCCUGAUCUAGUUGUCUCCCUUAACUUCAACUACAUGAACGUCGGUGUGUACACGGACCUUCAGUGUCAACACGCCUGGUUGGACGUGUACGACGGGCCGAAUGCAAGCUCGCCCCUGAUUGGUCAAUACUGUGACGCCUUCGUCCCGCUGGAGCUUCGGUCUUCCUCCAACACGAUGUUCCUGCAGAUGGCCGCCUCUGACAACAUGGAUGGGAAACUUGGGUUCAAGGCCACAUACUACGCUGUUCACAAAGCAGAGGUCGAUGAAACAACAACGACAACAACUAGCGGGCCCUACCCCCCGGGCUGUGACGGGACACCAUUACGUAUGACGUCAGACAGCGGCGUGGUGACGUCACCGUUCUACGACAAGGUGGCUCCCUACAGGGACAACAUGGACUGCGAGUGGGCCCUCCAAGGCCCCCCGGGUCAAACCUUUCUCGUCACUUUCCACGACUUCGAUAUCGAACACUCGGGUGGAUGCGAGUACGACUACUUACAGAUAUUCGAUGAUGUCGAUUACCUUGUCAAACCUCUAGCUGAAAACGGAUCGAUACACACCGAGGUUAACAUAUUCGAUAACGACACAUGGCCCUCUAGUAUCGCCAACUUGACAAAAAUAGUAUCGUUCUGCGGACAAAUGCUGCCGUACGACGUCGAGACCAACAGCUCUAGAAUCGUAAUCAAGUUCCACAGCGAUUACCAGUAUGGCGGGUACGGAUUCAACCUGUCCUACUCUACACGAUACCCCCGAGAAACACUACAGAGGCAUGCCGGGAGGGAGAGUUCACUUGUGCUGUGCGGGGGGUGUGUCAACCUGACGUCAGUGUGUGACGGGUCACGUGACUGUGAUGACGGCAGUGACGAGCUAUUGUGUCCCUCCAGUACGUGCGGACGACCAAAGAUCCAGCCUCUGGCUUCUAGAAUCGUCGGCGGACAGGAAGCAGCCGUGGGCUCGUGGCCUUGGAUGCUGUCCAUAGUUGACCUUGAGUUUCCUGGUCAUAUAUGUGGGGCCACCCUCAUACACCCUCAGUGGGCCCUCUCUGCGGCUCAUUGCUUUCAAAGGGUGUACUCAAGAAAUUACCAGAAGUUUCGCAUUGUGGCCGGGCGGCACCAGCUGGGGCUGCCAGAUACCCACGAGCAGACGAGAGAGGUGGAGGACGUGCUCAUGCACCGCCAGUACGACGACCCCACUUCGUACAACGACAUCGCCCUCAUCAAACUGGCUCGGCCCUACAACCUGACCGACUAUGUCCAGGUGGUCUGUUUACCUGGGAGUGGCGUCCAGUCUGGCACCAGUUGCUACAUCAGUGGAUGGGGCGAAACUCUAGGUACAUGCUGUGCCGGUAAACUAAAACAGGCGAUGGUUCCAAUAAUCAACACUACAUUAUGCAGCAGCGACGAUUUUUACGGUAGUCGAUUACUGGACCAUAUGGUGUGUGCAGGCUAUCCAGACGGUGGUAUCGAUUCCUGUGGGGGAGACUCAGGCGGUCCUCUGGUCUGUGAGACGACACACGACGACAAACACUGGGAGAUCCAGGGCAUCACCUCGUGGGGACUGUUGUGUGCAGCUCCCCAAAGACCUGGCGUGUACACGGUUGUGUACGAUUACAUUCAGUGGAUCCAACAGAACAUCGCUCUCCACCACUGAAAAUGUGGGGUCCUACAAUCUGUAGUUAUGAAUUUUUUCCACUUUGUUACUGACACUCAACACUCAACCUACACGAUAUCAAGUUUUCUGUCCAUAGAACAAACAUAUUUCUCUGAAUGUCAUUUAUGUUUUUCACAAAAACGACGCUAAAUUAUAAAUGUAAAUAGUAAAAUGUAAAGUCGUGGUGCCUGUUGAAAACGCGAACCUCCCAGAAAUCUUAACGUGACCCACAUUAGACAGACCACUAACGGAUUAACGAUUCCUCUGCUACAGCCGUUGAUUGGGCAAUCAUCACACGACGUUCAAGUCGUCUGCCCCUUAUUAUCGUUCCUUUAAUUAAGUCCCCAUGCUGUCAAAGUUUGUAGUGGGAUCGAGUCCCAACUAAACUAGUAAUAAAAAUACAGUUAAAAAAACAAACAAAUACAAGUCGAUUGAAAUAUUUUGUGAAUUUUAAUCAAAAUAUCUUUACAAAAUUCUUUUUAAAAAGUUUUAUAUAUGCAAAUCUAACUAAAGUCUGUAUUUAAUUAAGCCAAAAUAAAUGUUAAAUUAUUUUCUGUAAACUUUAUUUUGUUAUAUUUUAUAGCGUGUUUUUUUUUAUGUUUCUUGCAAAUAUUUUGUUCAAAACAAAGUAUUAAAAGGAAGUUAUGCGUUUUUACGAUGGCAUCGUAUAUUUUACACUGCUCUGUUG